UUUUUAUUCUUUUUUGUUGGAUUUUCAAUCUCUAUCUGUCUUCAUCUUUAACCCCUUACAUUUAAAUAUACUUGAUUUUAGAACCCCUUUUUUUAAUUUUUUUUAAUUGCACUUUUUUUUGCUAUGUGACCAUUUCUUGAAAAAUAAAAAGAAUAAAAUCUAAUACCCUUUUUUGUAGUUGAAUUAAUUUGCUGCAAAACUGUUGUGUAUAGACAUGGUUGUGAUGGAUGAAAUUGGAGUUGAUAUCAGCUCGGACAUUGAAAUGGAUGAUAUAAAGUGCGACAACAUAGAAGAAAAGGAUGUCAGUGAUGAGGAGAUUGAUCCAGAAGAAUUGGAGAAACGGAUGUGGAAGGACCAAAUCAAGCUCAAGCGGCUCAAGGAAAAACAGAAAAUUGCAGCCCGGCAAGCUCUCGAGAAGCAGAACAAUAAACAAGUCACUGAUCAGGCUAGGCGGAAAAAGAUGUCAAGAGCUCAAGAUGGGAUUUUGAAGUACAUGUUGAAGCUCAUGGAGGUCUGCAAUGCUCGAGGGUUUGUUUAUGGCAUCAUUCCUGAAAAGGGUAAACCUGUGAGUGGUUCGUCGGAUAACUUAAGAGCUUGGUGGAAGGAGAAGGUGAAGUUUGAUAAGAAUGGUCCCGCUGCAAUAGCCAAGCAUGAGGCAGAAUGUCUCGCAAGAGGAGAGGGAAUAGGCAGCCAAAACGGGAACUCACAAAGUGUUCUGCAAGACUUGCAAGAUUCUACCUUGGGAUCCCUUUUGUCUUCUUUAAUGCAACACUGUGAUCCACCUCAACGGAAGUACCCCCUGGAGAAAGGUGUCUCACCACCGUGGUGGCCUACGGGGAGUGAGGAAUGGUGGGCUAAAGCGGGACUACCUAAAGGUCAGAAAUCGCCAUACAAAAAGCCGCAUGAUUUGAAGAAGUUGUUCAAAGUUGGUGUUCUAACUGCCGUCAUUAAGCAUAUGUUGCCUAAUAUCGCGAAGAUCAGGAGAUUAGUCCGCCAAUCGAAGUGUUUGCAGGACAAGAUGACUGCUAAGGAGAGCUCAAUUUGGUUGGCUGUUUUAAGCAAAGAGGAAUCAAUCCUCCAGCAACAAACCAGUGAGAAUGGGUCAUCUAGCAUAGAAGCACCAGCUAGAAGCCGUAGUGAAAAGAAGAAACCUUCCGUAAUCAGUGACAGUGACUAUGAUGUUGAUGGCCCCGACGAUGGUAUUGGCUCUGUAUCGUCUAGAGACGAGACGAGAAAUCAACAGUUGGAUGUUCGUCCUCUAAAUGUCGUUCCUCAAUCUCAUCAAAGUACGGAGCAAGGAGAUGGACGUCAUCGAAGGAGAAAAAAACGUGCUAGGUCAAACCCUACCGAGCUACAGACUCAACCAUCUCUGGUACACUUUGACGAGCAUAGUAACACAUUACCUGAUAUAAACGGUUCAGAAACACUAUUGGCUGUAGAGAACGACACAGAGAGUCAAUCAGGGUUACCAUUACAAGACUCAAACCUAUCAUUGGUUCCAUCAGCUAAUGUGCUCUCUACAGAGGAUACAUAUAUAGGCGCUGGUCCAUCACUUUAUCCGAUGUCUCAAAAUUCUACAGCUGUCCCUUAUGAAUCAGGACUGCAUAUUGAAAGUCAAGAUUCUAUUGUUCAGCAUCAAUUUCAAGGCACAAAUGAUGAACCACAAAUUUCCCUCUCGCAUUAUCGACCUCCAAACAACGGGUUGCAUUAUGGACCCCAGAAUUCUGUUGUACACACUGAACUACAGGUGUCUCAAUUUUCUAACUUCAAUCAACCUCCUGUAUAUCACUCUUAUUCUUCAGCUGAAUUUGGGUCGACACAUGAGGAACACGGUUCCCAGUUGGCGUGCAAUGAACUUCAGAUUACACCAAGGGAUUCUGGAGUUGGUUCAUCACUUCACGGAAGUGGAAAUGAUAUAUCUAGGGACAUGUUUCAGAAUAACCAUGAGAUGCCUUUUGAGUCUUCACUUCCUAUUGGCUCGCCUUAUGCUACACUAGGCAGCCCAUUUGACUUGGGGCUUGAUGUCCAAAGUCAUUUUGAUAAUACUGAUUAUGAUUUAGAAUUUGACAAAGAACUCAUGUCAUUCUUUGCCUCAUAGACAACUAUAAAAGGAAGGACAACAUUUGCAAUAACUUCUCUGCAGGAAGGCGGUAAAGGUUGCAACAAGUCUUGCUCUCAUAAAAGAAGGUUGACAGUAAGUUAUGAGCCUAGUUUUCUUAUCCAGAAGUCAGAUGUAAAUCCAGUGACAGCAAACUCAAUUUUUUUCGACGUUGAAGAAAGUGCUACAUGUAAAUGAGUUAGUACUGUAAGUAGUAAACACAAGAAACAUAGAGUUUUUAUCAUCUUUUUUACAAGUUGUAAACUUGCUCAUCAUUCUCGAAACAUUCUUGACUGUGCUACACGAGCAAUGGAUGUAAACCAUUUUGUUGUUACAGACUUACAGUAGCAUGUUUAUUGGUUCUUUCUCACUAUAAAAGUGAAGGCUUAAUUGUUGGCCCAAUUUAUGACAUAUCAACAAUUCUUUCCGCCUGAUAA